AUGGGCGAGUGGGCGGCGGCGGCGGGCGUGGCAGACGGCGCGGAGGUGCGGCGGCGGCUGGCGCUGGGCCUGCAGGCGCGCGAGCACAUGGUCAACUGCAACAUGCGCCUGGUGGUCAGCAUCGCCAAGAAGUAUGUGGGGCGAGGGCUGGCGCUGCAGGACCUGGUAGCGGAGGGCAUGGUGGGCCUGCAGCGCGCGGUGGACAAGUUUGACGCCUCCACAAGGCUUCAAGUUACUCCAGCCUAUGCGCACUGGUGGAUCCGCCAGUCGGUCACGCGCGCCAUCUCCGACCAGGCCCGCGUCGUGCGCCUGCCCGUGCAUCUGCAUGAGGCCAUGGGCAAGGUGCGGCGCGCGGAGCAGGCGCUGUGGGACGAGACGGGCCUGCUGCCCGCGCCGCAGGCCGUGGCAGACCGCUGCGGCCUCACCCACUCCAAGCUCAUGGCGCUGUACAAGUCGUUCCGCGCGCCCACCAGCCGCGACGGCGUGCCCACGCUGGGGGCAGGCUCCGUCGACGCCAAGGCGCCCGGCGAGCAGUGGGUGGAGGAGGUUGGGGAGGAGGACCCCGCUGAGCUGGCGCACCACCGCAUGAUGAAGGAGGACCUGAACCACGUGCUGCUGACGCUGACGGAGCGCGAGUGCGGCAUCAUCAAGAUGCGCUACGGGCUGGACGACGGGGAGGAGAAGACGUUGGAGGAAGUGGGCAGGGCCUUCAAUGUCACGCGCGAGCGCAUCCGCCAGAUCGAGGCCAAGGCCAUCCGCAAGCUGCGCUCGCCCAGCCGCGUGGGCCAGCUGGUCACCUACUGA